GUAAACAUUCCGUCUUUUACCUUCAACGAUGGAACCAAAAUUCCAGCGCUGGGAUAUGGCACCUGGCUGGGCAUGGACGAAAAGGAGGAUGCUGGUCCAAGCAAACCUUUCUCGUUUGAAUUCAGUGCUGAAGGUAUGCCAAAAAUGAUGGAUGCUCUAUCCUACGCCAUCGACAUCGGAUACAGGCACAUAGACACCGCCCACCUCUAUAGAGUGGAGCCGGAAGUCGGCAAGAUCAUAGACAAGAAAAUCAAAGAUGGCGUUGUGAAGAGGGAAGAUUUGUUCAUUACUACUAAGGUGUGGCACCACUUCCACCGCGAGGCUGAUGUUGAAGUAUCGGUGCGAGCCUCGCUGCGUCGACUCAACCUGGACUACGUCGACCUAGUGCUUAUGCACUGGCCUAUGUCUAUCUCUCAAGACGGAGUAGACGAAAAGAUCGACUACCUAGAAACCUGGCGUGGGUUCGAGUCCGUGUUGAGCAAAGGUCUCGCCAAGUCCAUUGGAGUGUCCAACUUCAAUGUGGAACAGAUGAAGAGACUCCUGGCUAACUGCAAGGUUCCACCUUCCACCAACCAGGUUGAGAUAAAUCUGAACCUGGGCCAGAAGGAGUUAGUAGACUACUGCCAAGCUAACAAUGUCCUCAUUGUGGCCUACUCCCCCUUCGGUACUAUGGUACCAUCUCGCAGCGCCCCCAACUCCCCCGAACCGAAGCUCAACAACCCCACUAUGGUCGCUAUCGGAAAGAAGUAUGGGAAAUCUGUCACACAAGUCACUUUGAGAUAUUUAUACCAACGCGGGAUAGUCAGUAUCCCGAAAACGGUGACUCCAUCCCGCGUCGUAGAGAAUGCAUCAAUUUUCGACUUCGAAUUGGACAAGGGUGACAUGGAAACUCUCGCCAAAUUCGAUAAUGGCUUCCGGACAGUCCGCCCAUUCUUCUGGCAGGACUACCAGAACUACCCAUUCGAGAAGAUUCCAGACAAGAUGGAAAUUCCAGAAUCUCUCAGAAUCUGGAAGAAUGGAUUGAAUCUGGAUAUCGAUUAG